GUCGAGGGCGUGCUCCUCGACAGGGGCGGCUCGCCAGUCGGCACGGCGUGGUUCGCCGUGAGGGGCAGCUGGCCGCCCGACGUCGUGGGCAUGUUCGUGGAGUGCCAGUUCCUCGCGACGAGCGUGCCGCUGCACGAGCCCAUGCUCCAGGGGCUGUUCGGCAUGGGCCAGGCGGUGCUCCACCUGUGUGGCGGUCGGCCCGCGGUGAUCUGCAGGCAGGAGAUGUGGCCAGGGCGGCAGGUCUUGCAAGGGGACACCUUCCGCGUGGUCCCCCCGUCGGCCUUCGGCGCAGGUCUGCCUGGAGCCGUCACGGGGGCCGCCGCGCCCAAGGCUGCGGCUGGCGUGGGGGCGCUGGCGGCCCUGCCUGGAGGGGCGGGCGCUGCGGCAGGAGGCACAGCAGGCCCAAAUGACGGCGACGGUGCUGACAGCUCGGGCGACCUCGACCCCAAGAAGUUGAAGGACAAGCAGGAAAAGCUGCAUCAUCGUCUGGCCCAGAAGCGUAAUAUCGGGUCGCUCCUGGCGUCGAGGGCCGAGCAGCAUCUCGACGGUCGCUGCAUUCAGUCUGUGAGUCGGUCGGCGCCAGGUGCUUUACUAGCAUCGGGCCUCGAGCAGAUCAAGCAGCUGCUGGCGCAGAGGGGCGGGGCGGACACGGAGGAGAACCUGAACAGCAUGGCGGCGAUGGUGGUGCAGUACAUCACGUCGGCGUGGCACGGUCGGCACCCGCCCCGCACCAUGGGGGUGCGCAAAAACAAUGAGAUGAUAAUGGUCGGAGAGUGCCUGGACGCGUUGCUUGCAGGUCGCCGGCCCGAGCUGGGCGACAUGCUGAUGCAGAGGCUCAAGGCCAUUGAGCAGGCGCACAUGGACGGCCACUGGGCGGUCGCGCAGCACCUGGAGGUCGGCGCCGACGUGAACGCCAGCCUCGCGCGGGCCAGUGAGGUUCGCGACGCCGUCAGCGCGUUCGAGGGCGAGGCGAGGCUGGCGCAGCACCUGGCGGCCGCUGGCAAGAAGACUGGCAAGCCAAGCGACGGGGUGCCGUCGCCCAGGGCGUCGCCGACCGCCAUGGCGAAGGGGCUGCAGAGUUCGCAGGCAGCCAAGUGGAGGCGCCGCCGUGCAGGCACGGCGGCGAAGAGGCUGGCAGCCAGGAGGCAGGAGCACGAGGCUAGCGCGUGGUCUGUUGCGGCGCAGGUCGCGAAGCAGCUGGGGGGGCAGCCGCCGCGCGCUGGCGACGAGAAAGGAGACGGGCCCUCGGCGCGCAGGCCCGCGUUGGCCAGCCCAGGUGCAGGAGCAGGUCGAGCGGCCCCAGGCGCGCGGAGCUUCCUCGACAGGGUGAAGCAGGGCAAAGGCAAGAACAAGGGCAAGGUGGAGGCGGCCGGCUUUCCUGGAGAGGCGAGUGAGGACGCGGAUGAGAGCUGGGAGUCUGCCGUGACGGAGGCAGGAGAGGAGGGGUCUCGCAGGGGCAUAAUGCGCCAGCGUGCCUAA